AUCCAAACGGGCUCUUAAUUGAAACACAUUAUUCUGUUCCUGCUAACUCUGCCAGCCAAUUCCAGUAUUGAACUACUGCAGGUAGUUUUCCGAUCGGAUCCCGGAGCCGAGUAGCAAAUGGACUCUGAUGAAGAGGUGAGAACGCGAAUUCCAUUCAAGGAUAGGCCCGAUUGGGCCGAUGUAAAGCCCGUUCCGCAAGACGACGGGCCCUGCCCAGUGGCUCCCAUAGCCUACACGGAAGACUUCUCUGAAACCAUGGACUAUUUCCGGGCAAUCUACAUAGCCGACGAGCGAUCUCCACGCGCCCUCCAUCUUACUGCUGAAGCUAUUCAGCUAAACCCUGGAAAUUACACUGUAUGGCAAUUCAGGCGUGUUGUCCUGGAGGCAUUGGGUAUUGAUUUACAGGAAGAAUUGAAGUUUGUUGAUCGCAUUGCUGGGGAGAACACAAAAAAUUAUCAAAUUUGGCUAAUGGAUAUCACAUGGAGGAACUGCUUUAAGCUGAUGGGAUUAGACAGUAGGCAUCAUAGACGGUGGCUUGCUGAGAAGCUGGGAGCUGAUGCUGUGACAAAUGAGCUGGAAUUCACCAAGAAAAUAUUUUCUCAGGAUGCAAAGAAUUAUCAUGCCUGGUCCCAUAGGCAGUGGGUCCUUCAAGCACUUGGCGGAUGGGAAGAUGAGCUUGCCUAUUGUCAAAAACUCCUUGAAGAUGAUAUUUACAACAAUUCUGCUUGGAAUCAGAGAUACUUUGUCGUAACACGAUCACCUCUACUAGGGGGCCUAGCGGCAAUGAGGGAAUUGGAAGUGAAUUACACAGUUCAAGCCAUCAGGGCUAGUCCAGAGAAUGAAAGUCCUUGGAGGUAUCUUCGUGGUCUUUACAAGAAUGAUACACAAUCUCUAGUUGAGGAUUCUCAAGUAGCAUCAGUGCUUUUGGACGUCUUAACCUCCCAAAAUAGUCAUGUGCAUGCUCUGAGUUUCUUGUUGGAUCUUCUUUGUCAUGGUUUUGAACCAAGCCAAGAAUUGAAAAGUGCAGUAGAUGUUCUUACUCCACAGUCAUGCUCACCAGAUUUUGAACUGACAGAGAGAAUUUGUUCCAUAUUGGAACAUGCUGAUCCAAUGAGAGUAAAAUAUUGGAAUUGGCGCAAAAGCACAGUUCGGGUUCAAUCAGCUGAGUGUCAGAAUACAGAUAGGUUGGCUAAUUUGAGAUGCAAGAAUGACUUGUGAGAAUAUUGUACUGAUGUUGUACGAAUAUACAUACUUGUGAGAAUAUUGUGCUUCUCAAAAGAGAUCACUGUCGUGACUUUUUGUACUGCCUUGAGUUUUGGCGCUGCUAUGUUUCGUAAGUUUGGAUUUGGAUGCAUAGCUUAUUGAUACUUUUGGUGACUU